CCAAAGGAACUCAGUCGUGUUUGAGAUCAGAAAAAGCUGUCUGGCAGUUGUAGAUGGAAAUUUGAGUUUUUGUGCAAAGUUCUGAGAUGAAAGAGGAGUUAAAGAGAACAGCAACUGAAAUAAAGUAAAGAAACCAAGAGUCGCUCUUUAGGGUUUUUUUCCCCUUCCCUUCUUGCAUCGGAUUUUCUCCCCUCUUUUUUUGUUGUUCUUCUUUAAAAUGAGCAUUGUCUUCGCCUCCAGAAUGAAAGCAGAUGACUACGGUGAAGAAGAGGAGGUGCAUUCAAUGGGUUACAAGAGGUUUGGAAUCCAGGAAGGGCCUCAGUGUAAUAGAUGCAGGAACAAUUGGGCACUGAAGUUCGCUAUCCUGCUUCUUUAUGUCCUGUGUGCCCUGUUGACCAUUACUGUAGCCAUCCUGGGAUAUAAAGUUGUACAGAGAAUGGACACUGUGACUGAAGGUAUAGAAUCCUCGCACAAGAACUACUCAGAAAAACUGCACGCAGUGGAGAGCAACUUGAAAAAACUCGAUGAUCACUCUGGUGUAAAGGACCAAAGUACCAGUACAGAGCUCUCUAAAUUCAAAUCGGAUAUCCAAGUCCUUCAGAAGCAGCUCAAUGACAUCGCAGGCAAGGCCUCCAAAAACAACGCUGCAUUGGACAAGUUGCAAGAGUCUGGACAAUCAAUGGCAACAAAUCACAACUCACUGAAAAGUAUGUUGGACAGUAACUCUAGGUCUAUCCGGGACAUAAACCAGACCUUGCUGACAUACAGUGGAUACAUCAGCAGCCUCCAGCAAAACACUGGCAAGGUGCAGAAUGAGAUGCAAAGACAAACUCAAUCUCAAGGCACUGUAGUGGUGAAUCUCGGUCAGCUGAAUCGGACACAAAUUCAGCAAAGAGAUUUACUCAGUGCACUGCAAAAAUCUGUUGACACCAGCAGUCAAGCCAUGCAAAAGACAAGAAAUGAUUGGCAGGCUCUCCAACAGAAUGUGCUUCAAGCAUGGAAGGAUACGGACUGGCUCAAAGAGAAAGUGCAAUACCUGCAGUUACAGGCCAUGAACAACUCAAUCAUGGCGACAGGUAACAAUGAGACAUUGGCAGACAUGAAUAGCCAGCUAAACUCUCUCAGCAGCCAGAUGGAGAAUAUUAGCUUCAUGGCUAACAUUCAUGAGCAAGGGCUCAAAGAUCUACAGCAGUAUCAAAAAACUCAUGAAAACAAAACUUCUGCUGGCUUUGAGCAACUUGAAGGGCGGAUGGAUGUGAACGAGCGAGACAUCAGCAACAUCAUUGGCAACAUCAGCUGGACUGUCCAGCAUUUGAGAUCACUGACCAGCAGUCUGAAUGCCCUUAAAACCACUUGCACCAAUACAUUGAACGAACAUGCAGACAAGCUAGCAAUUCUGAGCAGUACCAUGGGCAGCAUCCGCGUGGAUAGCUCAUUCCUCAAAAUCCAGCAGAACGUAAUGAGGGCCAGGUUGGAUAUCGAAGUGGCCAACCUGUCUAUGAUCAUGGAAGAAAUGAAACUGGUGGACACAAAACACGCUCAGUUGAUACAAAACUUCACUAUUCUUCAAGGUCCUCCUGGUCCAAGAGGGCCCAAAGGUGACAAAGGGCCACAGGGGUCAAUCGGCCUUACUGGAACAAAAGGAGAAAAAGGUGACGAAGGGGAGGUAGGACUACCUGGAUUAAUGGGUCGAAAAGGUUCUCGAGGACUCCCAGGUAUUCGAGGAGAGAGUGGAAGUCAGGGAGCAAGAGGAUCUCCUGGUUCAAAGGGACAAAAGGGUUCAGCUGGAAGACCCGGUUUACCAGGAGCUAAAGGAAACCCAGGCGUCUCAGGCCCAGAAGGUGCACCAGGCAAAGCAGGUGCUUCAGGACAACCUGGUGUUCAAGGUCCACCGGGGGUCCCUGGAAUUGUAGGACCCACAGGACCACCUGGACCACCUGGACCCAAAGGGCCGCCUGGUUCACCAGGUCCUCCUGGUCCUGUAGCACUAAUAAGCCAUAAUAUCACCACUCCCGAGGCCCAAUAUUCCUCAUGGUUGUCGCCUAGAUGGAGGAACUUUAAGGACAAAUGUUACUACUUCUCAGAUGAUAAGUAUGAGUUUGAAGAGGGAAGGAAUUUAUGCAAGAACAUGUCUUCCCACAUGCUAAUAGUUAAGAAUCGCGAAGAACAGCAAUGGCUGAGAAGACAGAUUAACAGAACAGGUUUCUAUUGGCUUGGUCUAACAGAUACUGAGAAGGAAAAUGAAUGGAAAUGGGUUGACGGAACAACUGCAGAGUACACAAACUGGAGACCUGGGCAGCCUGAUAACUGGAGUAUCUAUGGGCCAACAGAGGACUGUGCAGGCUUUCCUGACAGUGCGUUGUGGAAUGACUUCUUCUGCACAGAUCUGAACCACUUGAUUUGUGAGAAAAAUGUCAAGCCAGAUGAACUGUCACAGUGAGUGUCCUGAAGAAGAGGUCCAGAGACAUUUUGGGACCAAUUGGCGGAGGUAAACCUCAGUUCCAGGUCCUGGAUUGCCAAAGGAAGCUUCUGCCUUGAGCUUGAAGACACAAUUAACCCAACUUUCCAAAUGUUUCCUUAUGCUGGCCAUCAGGACUUAAGCCUGCGUACCUCCGUAACUUUAAAUAUAAUAGAUUUUAGCCCAGCCUUUAUUCUGCAAAGAAUAACCACUAUUUGAUAACAAUUAUUGUUUAUAGAAAAUACGAUAAGCCAAAAAUGUUUUACAUAAUCCAUAUGAAGCUCAGUUUUUAAUUGUGUUUUUUACAAAUACGUGCGUCAGUAUAUGAAAAUCUAUAUGUUAACACUUGUGUUUAAAAAAAUAUUUACCAAGCAUCAUAGUAACAGGCUUACAAAGCUUUACAGUUUUCAGUAAUUUUUCUGCUGAACUUUCUGCCUCAGUGCAUUCAUGAAGUAAUUGUCCAACUACAAGAAUUUAUAAUAAUAAAUAAAACACCAAAUAUAAGAUGUAGGCACAGGGUUUGAUAUGGGUCUUAUUUUAAUAUCUUCCAGCUGCUAUAAAGAUGGUUUAUUUUCUACUUUAGAUAGAAUAGCAUUGUUUUAGUCAUGGAGUCAGGGUAUCGCACUAUCUGAGGAUUCACUCUCUGGCUGCAAACUCUUGCACUGAAUCUGUAUUGCUGCCUUUUAGCUUAAAGCAGAACUUGCUCAAGAGUGUACUCACCGAAUACAAAGGCUUCACUUUUAUUGCGUUAGCAAGGAGCAAAGCCUUGUGAUUGCAGAGUGCAUGUUGGUGUUAACAGCAAUGCAUUCACAUGGAUUUCAGGAGCUACUUCAGAGAUCAGGGAUCACCUCCUGUGUGGUUUACAAUCGGACAACAGUGAGGAAGUCAUCUGAGUGUUAUUUACCACCUGCAUAUGAAAAGGAUAAUGGAACUCAUCUAAGAUCACAAAUGUUUUGAUUUCCAAACUCUGUCUAUUUCCUCCAGUGUAAUGUGAUAGCAACUAACUAAAUCUUCAAGUUUUUUUUUGGAUGAAUUUUGUGCCCAUCAACAAAGGAUUGUGGUUUGUUGAUGGGAUUGUAGAAGGGAUUGUAGUUCUGGGAAAUGGAAGUUUCCCAUUUCGAGCACCCACUCACUGUUAGCAUUAAGGAGUCCCAGAAACCAAUGAUUUUUGGGUCUAAAUUGCAGUUUUAUCUUAAGCAGCAACUUCAAGGUACAUAUAAUGAUUCCUGCUACUGGACGUGUAUUACAUUAACCAACGCAAUCUCCUUUCAGGAAUGGUGGAAAUCUGAAUGGUUUCCACUGGUCGGUGUGACACAUCUACUUAUCGGCAAGAGGUAUUAUUUGAAACUUGGAGUGACUAUUUGUUAUUUCUUUGUUGUCAUCCCUAUUUUCAACCCUAGUUUCAGACAAGAACUCCCUGCUGUACCAGUGUGAUAUUUUCUUCACACCAGCCAUCUUUGGUUUCUUUGAGUGAGAUUGCUAUAACUUAGUGCCAAUUUGAAGGCAGGUUUUGUGCUGUAACAAUUGUUGCUGUUCAAACUUAUUUCACAUAUAGCCAGCCAUCAUUCAGAAAGGACUUUCACUGCAAUUAAAUCACAUCUCCCAGUUCGUUUCGGUCUUCAACACUUUUAAUCAAUUAAAGCUUGCAUAAAAAUAACAGCAUUGUGCCAAUGAUGUCUGAAUUGUUAUAUUUCUUAAUGGAAUUUAUAAAGACACCAAGUCCCCCAAAAUGGGUAAGUAGUAGUAUGUUAUGCCACCCUACAGGACUUCUGAUCUACUUUUAGAGCAGAGCUCAGCAGAUAUUCUUAUUAAAGGAUCCUGUUUAGAAAUUCUGUAAAUAAACACCACUAUUGAAAGAAUGUGAACCUGGUAAUAUAAACAAGUUGAAGCAAAUCCAUAUUAAUUUCCUCAAGUUAAUGCAGAACAUAAGAAAAUUGGGACUGAAAAAGCCAAUUUGGCACAUUGAUUCUCAUCCCUCUACUCAUCAGCUGGGUGUCUAACCUGUAGAAAUCCAUCGCUAUGCUUAUGAGUAUCCAAACCUAACUGAGAUUUCCAUGCAUCUCACCUACACAUAGAAAUUCCAGAGGUAACUUGUUUGAAUGCUAUGCACACUGUCUUCCUGGUGGGAUGCAUCCUACUUACCUAAUUUUAGAAAGUAUUAGGCACAGGUUAGCAAGAAACAAGGCUUUGGGACCCCAGAGUGUGGGUUGGGGUGACUGCUGGAGUCUGACCAGUUAAAACCACAUAGUUUGCCAAUGGUAGCACUGUUUGACAAGCUUUCCUGCUGCUUGUCCAGCUAGGACCACCCUACACGUUAGGGUUUUGGCUUGCAAGGUUAAUGUGAGCUGAGUGGGAGGAUUCCUGGUGAAUAAACAUUGAAUUGAGGAUGGUUCUAGGGAUUGCCUCAUGACCCAGUGCACUGAGAUUCCAACACUGACAGCCCACUGCAGAGUUAUUGUCUCAGUUUCCACAUAAUGAGCUACUGAAGCAACAUAGGGAGAUACCAAAUGGAGAUUGGCACUUCCCCCCAUCAUCCCCAAGUGUGAAGGAAGGUCUGAGGAUGGGACAUCCCACUUUGCUCAUACAAAUCUCCAAGUAAAUGGCGUUAGCUGAGGCUUGGAAACAGAUCUCCAGCUGAGGAAAGUGCAUGAACAUGCAUGGGGGAGAAAAUAACAUAAAAUAGAGGGAAGGCAUCAAUAUUUCACUAAAAGUUUAAAACUGGAUCAUUUCUACUAUCUUGUUUGGGUAAGCCCAAUCUAGCAAGAAGUUUGUAAAAGAUGGGUUUUGCUGUCCACUGUUAACCUUAUAAGUGACCAGUUAUUGGAAAAUUCCUUUAAGGCUGUCAAAGUUAUAUGUCAUAUUAAUUUUUCACUGUUAUCCGCACUUCUUUAUGGUCGAGCAUCACAUUAUUUGUUGAAUACUCCUGUAACAUGACUAAAGCUAAACUAACCCAAAUGGAAUUGUGAAAUAAAACUAAUGUUAUUUAAA